UUUCCAUGUCAACCUGAAAUAUGGCGGUCCCAAAUCACAAUCCGCCCCGAGGUAUGGAGGGCUAUGACCUGGGUGCCCUGAGCGCUGAACAGCAGGAAAAACUCAACCAAUUUAAAAUUCAAACUAGGUUGGGUAAUGAGAAAUUUCUUCGCGACCACCCGGAGGUAGAUGUGCUUCUUGCAGGAUUUCUUGGAGACGUCCUGACGCAAAGACCAGAGAAUAUCCGUGAUUUUGCUGCAGACUGGUUCACCAAGCCCCACUUGAAGGAUUCAGUACACAGCCAGCUCAAGCAGAGAGAGAAUUCACUACGAGAGGCAAGAUUCAAUCGGAAACUGUAAAAAUAAAACCAGUUCAGAUAAAUUUGUGUUGCCCUUUUUAGUUUUUCAAGCUGUUUGAGCAUCAAGUAACUGUAUGUUUAAUUAGUACAUAAUUCAAUAGUACAGAUUUCUGUACCUAAAGACCACAAUUUAAAAUAAAAGCACUAUGUAACAUUACCUGUUAUUAAGUGGUUUCAAAUACAGUAGGUCAACUCGAAAAUCGUUCCAAGAGUAGGAGGGUUAAUAUUAUGAGCUUUGCUCUACAUCAUUGUUCAUUAAAUAAAGACAUUACACUCGGUGUUUUCCGAUCACUGCAGUACCUGCAGCUGCAGGUAUCCUUGGUGAGAAUCGAACCUGGACCAUCCACAUUCUAAAGCAGGGCCCAAUUUCAUGGCUCUGCUUACCGUAAGCACAGAAUCGGCGCUUACGGAAGCAGGGAAUUCUUUG